AUGUUUAAUUGGCUCAUAUCACCGGCACCUCACCCAAAGGAUAUUAUAUGGCUAAACCUCAGCAGAUCAAGUAACGAGAUUUUAUUGAGAGGAUUCUUGAUCAACUUCGUGGUUAUACUUUUCUACGUACUUGUGACAUACUUUCUUGCCAAAAUGAACAUAAUUAGGAGAUAUAACGGACCUAAGAAUAAUGAAGGAGUAGCACAACUCAUCAAGUCGUCGUUUUGGCAUGGUAUCAUUCAGUCAAUGGUCACGUUGUUUAUUAACUCAGCUGUUCAUCCAAAUCUUAUAUUUUUCCUCACCAAGAAUAUUGGGAUAUGGACCCAUACUCGUUUUCAAAAGUACCUUCUGUUCGAACACAUAAUAUACUUGUUCACAAGCACCAUCUUUGUACCACUGGUCGCCUCUAUGAUAGCAAUUUGGAGAGUUUUUGAUGGGAACGUAGACCUCCUAUCGCUGGAGUUGGGGAGAAUACUGAUUAAUACAUCGUGGAAGUACGUCACGACUUACAUAGUCAAUGCCAGUCUGUUGGUUCCUUGUAACCAAUUACUUCAAGUUUCGCCACUGGCAUUCAGAUAUUUCAAUCAAACAGUAUUUAACACGGAUGAUGGAAUACCAUUCUUUGAUUUGGGAUAUUGGUAUGCUUACCAUCUAUCUGUUUUCACGUUGGCUCUUUCAUUCGGGUUAUUUAUUCCAUACCUUCUCCCACUAGCUGCACUAUAUUUUGCAGCCAGAUUCUACGUCGACAGACAUAAUAUCGCAUACAAUUUGUGGCAGUUUCCGUUUGACACAUCAGGAAAUAUAUCGAAAACAGCAAUAAAAUCAAUGCUUCUUUGUGUUUCUAUUAUGCAGUUUAUGAUGUCAGGGGUUUUCACUCAGAGUAAAAAGUUACCUCCAUUCUUAAAUACAAUUUUGUAUAUAGCUCCCGUUACCACUUGGCUACUCAUGUAUGGUUCAUAUACUGACACAGUUAUACAAUCUAUAAACUCUUUUUACCAGAUCAACUUGAAACCUCUGAGCCAAAAGAUGAUCCAAAUCAUUCAAGUUUGCUAUAUGCAUCCUUGUGACAUUCGGGACUUAAUUGAGUUCAACGACUCCGGGAGUCGAACCCGGGUCGCCUGCUUGGAAGGCAGAUAUCCUAACCGUUGGACUACAGACGCUCCUGUGGAAUCCAAAUAUUAA